AUGAUUCAGGCUUUCAAGAAGGAGGAUUAUGCAAAAGUAAGUGAAAUAAUCCAUAAUUUUCUUCAGCGAAACGAUGAAAGCCAGGAUCAAACAGCAGAUGAUAUUUUUUCAACAAAUGUAAAUUUAAGUGUAAUAUCUUCUGUUUUCUGGACAUUUAUCAAUAUUUCAAAAAAUUCGCCCUAUGAAACCCGCAUUAAACUACUUGGGAUUGCUAUUGUAAGUAGGUAUCCAACAAUUGUUCCUUAUUUCUUGUUAACAAUGGAUAAAAACGAUUGGAGCUCUAUGGGCAUUACAAAUAUCAAAAGCUUCAUGAAUUAUUUCAAGUCAUUUUAUCAAAGCAGCAGUUUUAAUCAAAAUCAAUUUUUCAAAGAUUGUCCUGAAGGUUUUGCACGACUUUUACUCUCUAUUUACAAUGGUAAGUAUGAUGAUUUAGUCCAAAUAUGCGGCGGAUACAGAAUAGAUCCAAAUGUAGCUCUUGAUAUUGUUUUCGAAGUUUUCGAUUCAAAUCCAACCAAUGACAUUUUCAACCUUAUCAAGCAAUUUCCGUCACUCAGAGUUUAUCAAUUCCUCUUACAUCGUAUGAAAACUCAAUUUACAGCCGGUGUCAGCAGAAUCGUUGGUUAUUUUUACGAAAAUGAAUUGUUUAACGAUAAGUUUCUUCUUUCCCUAUAUACUACUCAAAAAGAAGCCUUCUUUGGCCUUUAUAAAUAUUAUCAACAAUCAGCAAAACGAUUUUGCGAUGAACUGAUGAAGCCAUUGACAAUAUUUCCAGGUGAAUCCAAGGAAAGUUCAUACAAAGCUUCAUAUAUCGAAGCUAGAAGAAGAUUUAAUGAAGCCAAAGACGUAAUUGAGUCAUUUCCGUUAUUUUUGAUGCUCAAGAAGCUUGAAGGUGAUGAUUUCAUCCAUGCUUUGAAGGUCCUUUCCAAAUUUGAUCCAUGCCAAAUAGAAGGAAUCCUUAAUUCCGUCAAAAAGAUAGUUUUAGACUCUUUGGAGACAGAAAAUCUGAAAUAUGACCUCUUAAUUUAUCUUGGAGGUCAUGAAUGCGAUCCAAACUUCGUCAAUAUGAUUUUGGAUAUUCCAGACUUGGAUCCAAUGAUUUAUUCAUACUUCAUUCUUCCCGCUAUCGCCAUGAGUGAUGUUCCAUGGCAGUUGUCAGUCAAACUCUUUGAAAAUCUCAAAUCCAGAUUCACAUUUGCCCAAAGACGCGAAAUCUACGACAAUUUCGACAAAUUCCAAUCCGUAUGUGUCGAACAGAUGCUCAUUGUCUCGAAUACAAUCAGAAAGAUCUCAUUCACAAUGAGAAGAGUCACAAAAGACACAGCUUCCAAAUUUGCUCCGAAAUUUUCAAGAUUAAUGCUGCGAUCUCCCGAAAAAACAGCUCGCGGACUUAUAGAAUUCAUUGGCGACAAAGUACCAUACGACAAUGACACCGUUAUCAAUUUAGUCUCUUGUUUAUCCCCUCUUUCUUACGAUAUGUUACUUGGCACUUUUCUUCGAUCGAUUGACCAAAAACUCAUUGUUGCAGCAGGAAAGAACGUCAGUGACUGGCCACAGGACAUUGCCACGUUCUUAUCCAAUGUCUUCAGAGCUAACUAUAAGGAUAUGGACUUGCCAGCGUACGUAAAUAUCCUUCACACUGGAAUUGUAAAUAUGUCUACGGCCCAUGUUUGUUUGUUUGGUCGGUUGGUCGAACGUAUGUGCGGUGUAGAGUAUAGGGGAAAUUUGACUCCGCAGCAGUAUAAUGAGAGAUAUGCUGAUAACUACUUGAACACUAAGCGUCGUGUGUUGACUGAUGAUGUAAGCGCGAGUGAAUCUUUCACAAGAAGAUCGAAAUACAUGAAGGAUUGCUUGCAUGAGAAUGAUAUCGGUGUGAAAAUAAUUGCGGCAUUGGAUGUAAUGAAAAGACAAUUGCCUUCUCUCUCGGAAACAGAUUCUUUAUCUGAUAGACUUGAUCAAAUCCAGUUUACCAUAAUAGAAAGCUGUGAACCGAUGGAUCUGAUGGCAAUGAAGAUCAUGCCGAAUGAAAUUAUCGAAGAACAUGGCUUAUCUUUGGAAUGUGCUUUUCAUUUAGCAAGACAAUCAUGCACAGAAGAGUCUGCUCGCCAGUUGAGUCCUCCAGAGAUUCCAUCUGAUUUAUUUGAGAUGUUUUGGAGACUGUCGCCAAGCGAUUUCCACGUUCCAAACAAAUUUGUCGACAAAGUCAUCCAAGACUGGCAAGAAAGAGCCUCCAAAGUUGCUGACAAAGCAGUAAUCGACAUGAAUAUCGCUAUCCUAACAGCCAGUCGCGAAAGACAACAAAAGAGGUCGGAUAAGAAUUACGAAAAAAUGAGAGAAAGAGGUACGGAAUGGUUCAAAGAUGACAACGACUACUGGAAUUUCGUCAAAUUAUGCGUCAUUCCCCGUACAUUAUUCUCAGAAUACGAUGCAGUCUUCUCCGCCUUCUUUGUUAACGCUCUUUUCCAUACCGUUGAGCAUAUUGACGUCAUGAAACUGUUAAAUGCCGUACUUAGGAACUUGCAUUUCAUAGUUUAUUCAAGUACAAUCGAAGAAGCUCACAGUUUUGCGAUUUUCAUUGUCAAAGUACUUAAAAGUAUCAGGUACAUGGAAGAAAGAGAGGAAAUAAACAAUAUUUUCCUUGACAAAUUGAUGAUAUUGUUAAGAAGACUCGAAAUCAACUGUUUGUUGAAUACAAUCGAAGUCUGUUACACAGUAUCCAAGGAAUUCCCUGAAAAAGAAGAACAUUUCGAUGCAAUUUUCGCUGAAUUAGAAGAAAUUUCCAAAGAAUACGAUCCACCACCUGAAAUUUUGAAGCUGAAAAUGAUUUCAUACACGAAUCAGCUCAAAGUCAUCAGGGAACAGAAACAAGCCAAGCGAAAGGAGAAAGAAGAAAAAGAGAAAGCAGCGAAAUCCGAAAUUGCAAAAGAAGAAACGAGACAAGCGAGAGAAAAAGCAGCGAAAGAAGAGGAAGAAAGAAGGAGAAGACAGAAAGUUGAUGCCAGAAGAAGUGGUCCACACAUUGAUGACAAGAGAAGAUCUGCUCCUCCUCCAAUUGACGACAAAGGAAGAAGAUACUCCA